GGUUGCUCAUGGAUCACAAAUUACACUACGCCAUUCACAUGGACGAACAUGUUGGCUACAUUCACACAAUGCAGUUUACCCCAUUAGAUAUCCAGACAAACGUGGUUCAAGCCAUCAACAACAAGUCACCUGUUAUUCUUUUAAGGAUGUAAACAAUUGGUGGAUUGUUAAGAGACCAGAGAAGAACGAUCUGAUUGUUGAACAACCCAUAGAUGCUAUCAAACAUGGAGAUGUCAUUCAACUAGUUCAUGGUAUAAGUAGUCGUGCCCUCAACAGUCACGAUGUAGCAGCGCCAAUGUCACCACAAUGUCAGGAAGUUUCCUGCUAUAUUGACUACAACAUUUCCAUGCCUGCCCAAAAUCUUUGGAAAGUGGAAGUAAUCAAUAAAGAACAAAAUGGAGAUGCCUGGCAUACUAUUCAGUCGUUAGUGAGGCUGAUACAUGUUGAUAGUAAUACUGCCUUGAAAUAUACGGGAAGACAAUUGCCAGACUGGGGUUUUCACCAACAUGAGGUUGCAGCCGAUAGGGUAAUCAUACAAGAUGACACCGUGUGGAAUGUUGAGGAACAUAGAUAUACAAAAUCCGGGGACCAAAAAGAACGUGAAAGAGAAAUGGUAACAGCAGAAAUGAUACCUACAACACCUACGAGAUUGAGUUUCUGGCAGAAGUUUUUUGAACUUCAUUACAAAAUGAUGUUUGCUAAUACUGAAAAUGUUCAGAAUCAUAUGUACAGUUCUGAACCUCACGAAUGGCCUUUCUUGUCCAGAGGAAUUGCCUAUUGGAUAUCUUCUACAAGUAAUACCAGUUCCGCGGAAGUACUUUGGACAUGUAAUAAGUGGUCAAGAAAAUAUAUGUUGCUACAAAAUAUUAUGCCAGGGAAAAUAGCAGGUAAAUGCGGUCCAGGACAAAGAAGAACUUCAUGGUUGAAGAACUUGCGAGAUUGGUAUGGUAUUGAUACAAGCAUACUAUUUCGGGUGGCAGUGAAUAAAAUUAAGAUAUCUGUGAUGGCAACCAACGUUCUGAAAGAACAUGGCUCAAGUUCACCUUUUGGGAAAUAUAGCGAUAUGGUAUUCAGCUACAUUUGGUCUAUUUACAUACUUUUCUCUGCUAGUAAUAUACCUUCUUCGGCGCAGAAGACAAUGCUACGACUUACAUCCACACAUUUGGACACAGUUCCAGAAAACAGGAGAAAUCUUCUUUACUGGCUAUCUCUUCCACUACUUACCGUACUUUUUCGUAGAUAGAACAUUGUUUUUACACAAUUACCUACCAGCUUACGCUUUUAAAACAUUACUGCUAGUUGCUACUAUAGAACACGUAUAUGUGGUUCUUCACGACGUGUUUAGAGUUAAGUUUUUAAAGAUGUUGUUCCUUGUAGUUUUAGUGAUCUGGUUAGGGUGGGUUGUUUAUGUUUUUAAGAAGUUUUCUGUACUCAGUUACGGAACAACUGAUCUGACUACUGAAGACAUUCUUAAGUUAAGGUGGAAAGAUACGUGGGAUUUUAUUGUACAUAAGAAUUAAAGAGAAUUUUACACUUUUUGGAACUAAAAUUGAUUAAUGGGUGUCUGUAUACUGUCCCUUUAGAAGAAAACUACAAACUUUAGUGGUUAUUUUUUUUUUGGUUUAAUGGACAACUUUUCAAGGUACUGUUACAGAUUAGAAAGCUAAAAAAAUGCAUAAUUUCAAAUAAAA